UCUCAGUCUAAAAUGGCCAGAACCAAACAAACCGCCCGUAAAUCCACCGGAGGCAAAGCCCCGAGGAAGCAGCUCGCCACCAAGGCUGCCCGCAAGAGCGCCCCGGCCACCGGCGGCGUCAAGAAGCCUCACCGCUACAGGCCCGGCACCGUGGCCCUGCGCGAGAUCCGCCGCUACCAGAAGUCCACGGAGCUGCUCAUCCGCAAGCUGCCCUUCCAGCGCCUGGUGCGCGAGAUCGCGCAGGACUUCAAGACCGACCUGCGCUUCCAGAGCUCCGCCGUCAUGGCCCUGCAGGAGUCCAGCGAGGCCUACCUGGUCGGUCUCUUCGAGGACACCAACCUCUGCGCCAUCCACGCCAAGAGAGUCACCAUCAUGCCCAAAGACAUCCAGCUGGCCCGGCGUAUCCGCGGGGAGCGAGCUUAGAUCUCACAACAACAACAACACAACAACAACGGCUCUUUUAAGAGCCACACACUUUCACAUCUGAACAACACAAACCUCUCAUACUUAUAUAAAAUGUAGUCAUGUUAAAAUCUACGGUUCAAAAACCCAAUCAUGUAAUCUAAACAUUUUAACAAAGUUAUGUUUUGAAACCAUGUGCUUAUGAAUUACAUGUGUAUAAGAGACAACAUAACAAGAAUUUAGUAAGAUGUGAUUUACCAGGGCCGGCCCAAACCUUUAUGGGGGCCCAGAGCCCCCUAUAGUCCCACCACCACAUUUUCAAAGUGAAUCACUAAGUGUGUCAAACUGAACGUGAAUAAAGAAAGAAAACAAGAAAAUACAACGCCAGACUUUCUAUUUUCUGUAAACAAGUGA